CCCAGCCCAGCCCGGCUUGUAUUGGGCGUAUGCGAUAAUCCGAGAGCCGGCGAGGAUUACAGUGCCCGAGAGAGAGAGAGAGAAGCAAGGAGAAGAGGCGGUUGUGGAAAAUGCCGGCGACUUCGACGUUGGUAGGUGUGUUGCUAGGACUUGGCACCCAGAUGUACUCCAAUGCCCUCCGCAAGCUCCCCUACAUGAGGCACCCGUGGGAGCACGUGCUUGGCAUGGGGCUGGGCGCUAUCUUCGUGAACCAGCUCGUUAAGUUUGAUGAAAAACUUAAGGAAGACCUUGACAAGAUGCUCGAGAAGGCCAAGGCCGCCAACGAGCGCAGAUACUUCGAUGAAGAUGAAGUAUAGGCUAAGCUUACAAUUUGGUUCUGUAGCUGGUUUUGUUUGCUGAAUGCCAUCUUAUUAUUCCCUCGAAACCAGUAGGAUUGUUCCUUAAGAGAAGUAAUAUUGAAAAAUAUUGUGGUAAUUGUUGCAGCUUAUCCUUUGUUUCUUCCUAAGACCAUAUAGGCCAAAUGGACAAGGAAUUUGGUGAAAAUAUAGGCCAAAUGAACAAUUCCUUCAAAUUCUAAGCAUGUGGCAAUUUCUCCAGUUCCAAGAAUAAUAUGUGGCAUAAAUGUAGCCACUUAUUAUGACCUUUCUUUUAUGAAAUCCUGACUAUUUUUACUUGAAGCUUUGUCCAAGUUUGCUGCUUCAUAUAAUGGGAAAAAAUUGGUUUUUUUUA